AUAUGAGCCACGGGUAGCACCCUCCUCUAAAACAAGAUCUCGGAACUAAAGUAAGACAGUAAGACAUUUGGCAUGACUAGAUUGCACGUUUCAUAUAUACUUUAAGCAGUGAUCUGUUUAACGUUCAUGUUCAGCACAUCUUGGAGGUCCUUUCCCCUUGCGUGGUCCGCUCGACUUCUUUCUGCGCAAACACGCGAGGACUCCCCCACGAAUCAAGAUCUUACCUGACAAGAGAGCCAGACCUUUACUAUGGAAGAAUGCAUCUAUCACGACACAUGGAAAUUGAUCUAGAGGGUAAGAGAUCCUACACCAGGCACCCGGGCUUUCAAUAUCACUUACCUUGUAUGUGCCGCAGAGAAACUCGGCCUUCUUUCUCCGACCCAUGAUGGCGGGACAAUUCACUCACCGCCCGACGUGGCUUCUAAAUCUACACCGGUGACCAUGCUGGGUUCUGUAAAUCAGAGUAUAGGUGCGGCAUUGGCACGGGUCCACAAGAAGAUUCGGCUGUGGCAUCUAUACACCGCGCUUCUGGCUUUGGGACUUGUUGGAAUAGUUCUGGCUGUUGUACUGGUAUAUGUCCGAAACGGGCAGAAGGGGAAGGCUCCGACACAGGUUCAAGUUGAUACACCCUCGAACCAGAGCGCUGCACGAGUCAAUCUUGGUUACGCCCAAUAUCAGGGCACCGUCCUCGAGAACGGUGUCGCGCAAUAUCUGGGCUUGCGUUAUGCGAAAAGUCCAACGGGAAACCUGCGAUGGAGAGCUCCCGUCGAACCAGGCCAAGUCGCAGGUGAUCAAGCAGCCGACAAUCUGGGCCAAUUCUGCCUUGGCACGGGAGUCGGACUGCCGAUCGCUUUUCAAGACGAAGAUUGUCUGUUCGCUAACAUCUGGGCACCCGCGAACGCGACCGUGGAUUCCAAGUUGCCAGUCUGGCUGAUGAUACAAGGUGGAGGGUAUAUUGUCAACGGUCCUAUUUGGAAUGGCUCUUACGUUGUGGAGGUUUCGAAACGUAAUGUCAUUUUCGUCAAUUUCAACUAUCGGGUCGGUCUUUACGGGUUUCUCGCCAGCGAGCAGGUGAGAGCUGAUGGCGACUUGAAUGUUGGACUACUGGAUCAGCGUUUCAUGAUGCGCUGGGUGCAGAAACAUAUUGUACAGUUUGGUGGCGACCCAGAUCGCGUCGUUCUCCAAGGUGUCUCAGCAGGGGCAGGAUCAGUUGCUCACCAUCUGACAGCAUUUGGCGGCAAAGACGAGAAAUUGUUUCAUGCAGCCAUAUCAGAGUCUGUCUUCUUCCCAACCCAUCCACGUGUGGCGGAGCUUGAGUGGCAGUUCGACUAUCUCCUGAGCGAAACCGGAUGCAGUAAUGCUAGUGAUGCUAUGUCAUGUCUUCGCGAGACGAGUUUAGCCGUCUUACAAGCCGCCAACGUUGCAACGCCAUUUCCAGGCAGAUUUGGAACACCGCCUCUCUUUUACUGGUCUCCAUGCAUCGAUGGAGAUCUCAGUAGGGAUCGCUUAUAUGCAAUGUUUGAAAACGGAGAUUUCCUUGACGUUCCGGUCAUAUUUGGCACUGAUAACGAUGAGGGUUCGUAUUUCGGUCUCGACGCGUCGACACACCAAGAGGUCGCUGCCUUCAUACAGAACAACUACCCGCACCUCGACAACGAGACCACGCGCGAGAUACUCAUGGCAUAUCCGCCGGAAGACCCCGUCCCGAAGCAUGGCGCCUGGUUUCCUUUGGCCUACAGGGCCUAUGGCGAGGUGACCUUCAUAUGCCCCAAUAUCCACAUCCUCGACUCCUUCCAGGCCCGACCCAACGCGAAUUUGCAAACGUGGGCCUACCGAUACAACGUCCUGUCCGCCGAGAACGUCGGGGAAGGGCUCGGCGUCCCGCACACCUGGGAGACGUUCGCUGUUUUCGGACCAGAUAGCAUCGGCGGCAUCUGGAGCGGCCCAGCAAGUUAUUACGGUGCCGAUGCUGGCAUGGUACCCAUCAUGAUGAACUAUUGGAUAUCCUUUGUUCGGACCCUGGAUCCGAACGUGCUGAGGUAUGUCAAAGCGCCGGAAUGGUCGACUUGGAGGUCAGGAAGCGGACAACAGCAGCUCAAGUUAGAGACGGGCAAUGUGAGCAUGGAAAACCUUGCGGAUGAUUUGAAAAGCCGUUGUGGCAUGUGGAAGGAUUUGGCUGGAAUGACAGAGCAGUAAUAAGCAAGAGGGGCAAGGCGUGGGCGUGGGUGGAUUGUGAUGAGGGAUGCGGAAACCGCGCGAUACACAUCAUGUCAGCUAUACAUGGCAUCAUUGGAUGGC